AUGCGGCAAACAAUACAGCAGAACACCAUCACUCAGCCUGAAUGGCCCUUGUCAUCCGCAUCUUCACGCCUGACUGUACCCUCUCUCUCCCAGUCAACCGGCCUUCAGAGCCCAUCUCUUUCAACCAUGCUCGGCAUUUGUCGUGUCGUCUUUGUUCAUUCGUGCGAUGUCAACAUCGGAGACAGGUUUAGGACAAAGGGCGGAUCUAUUCAGUGGUUCCAGUAUCCCAGAACAAUCAUUUACACGCAAGAUUUUUGUUUGACAGCAGGAGGACAACAGAACGGCGGGAAGGAGGUGUCGACGGGGCGGAGACCGUUUCCCUUGAUGGCAACUUCUCCUUCUGCUGAUAGCCAUACGAUGAUCUUCAAUGUAACUGGCGCUCUUGGCGCUCUACUGCAAUGUUGGCAGCGUAGGUGUCUCGAGGAUGUAGCUGAUCUAGAGACGGUCCCGGCCUGCAGACACAGUAUCGCUACUCCAGCAGCUUCACUUGGUCGUCGUGACUCUGUGGUAUUGGCCAUAUGGACGGUAUCUACCAUGACCAUCGCGAGCUUUCAACACGCCUUUUCGUUGCUCUCUGGAAGCUCUGUCCUACGUAUGAGGAACAGACGACAAAUCGCGGGAGCUUCACUGCAACGGCCAGGCUGUUUCAAUCACGCCCAACCUCAGUCUGUGCUGACUGUGACCAGGUCUCUGGAGAUCCUGAGAAAUCGAUCUUGUUGGAUGGGCGACCAUGGAGCGAUCGAGUUAAACAUCCUUUCGUCGUCUGCGGGUCUCAUGCUGCUCCUUGGAAAUUUAUGUCGUCCAAUCAUAUAUUCGACAGUCUCAUCAUGGCUCUUCACACGAAUCGAAAUUGAUUCGCACAUGAGGGAAAUAAAAUCCGAACCAUGUACAAAUCUACCGCUGCCCGACUAUACCAGGGCUUACCGCAUUGUUGAUGCCGUGCUGGCUCUAAAAGCUACAGACCCGAGAGACCACGUUAUCGGAGCGCUGGCUUUCGAUGGACUAUCAUAUGACAUAACUGCCCCUGAGAUCUUUGUUCAAGCGACCAGAAUCCUGAUCAGCCACUCCCAGAGUCUACGUGGCCACUUCGAGCUCCCGACUUGGUGCAUCGAUUGGCCUUCUUCUUACUCGAUCUAUGGAUGGGCCGAGAGGUUCUAUUCAAGCCAGCGGCCAGACGAGCUUGUCGUGCGCUUGCUCUCCGAUCGCGUUAGUCUGCGCGAGAGAUCUGUCAUUACCAAAUUGCAUCCCAAUUACAAGUGCUAUUAG